GAUUUGAAUGGCGAUGAUGCAUCACUGCCACUAGCAGCAUCAGUAUAUCACGGUGAUGAACGAAGCACCUUGACCCAUAGCCUACCGAUAGCCUCGCUGCUUCGGUAUUCAAUCCCUCGAGUCUCAAACAAUUCUACAGUGCUUGCAACCGGUUUGCGAGUUACUUUUGACGCUAGCUGAACUCUCGCCGCCAAAAUUUGACGUGGUCUACCAUAUUCUUCUUCCAGUGCUUGCGCGGAACGCCAGUCGUGAAUACUAUCCUUCAGUCUUGCGCCUCCGAAAGAGAACAUGGGGAAAGUGGAACGCAUAGUCUUUCUGUCCCUCGUUCUUGAUCUCUUUGCAUUCACGAUCCCUCUACCAUUGUUCCCUCGCAUAAUCGAGUGGUAUACUGUGAGAGAAAUCUCCGACCCCGAUGGCCUCCUUUCUAGAACGCUGCGGUUGGUUUCGGCAGUGCGAGGCGUCUUCUACAAGCCACCACAAAACUCCCAGAGAUGGGAUGUCGUUCUCCUUGGCGGUCUGAUGGGUUCUGCUUUCUCCACUCUACAGUUCUUGGUAUCGCCGCAUAUAGGAUCCCUCUCCGACAAGUAUGGACGUAGGAAUGUCCUUUUGACUACUAUGAUAGGAAACAUAUUGUCUGCGCUCAUUUGGAUUCAGUCUACCACUUUUGCUUCUUAUAUGCUCUCCCGCGUCAUAGGGGGUCUCAGUGAAGGCAAUGUGCAACUCGCUACCGCCAUUCUGUCUGAUGUUUCUACGCCCGCGAACCGCUCCAAAGCCCUUGCCCACGUUGGUAUCGCGUUCGCUAUCUGUUUCUGCAUUGGGCCUCCGAUCGGUGCCUAUUUUGCAUCUCGGCCAGUGCCCCCAUCCGUAGGGGCUCUGGAAAUGGAAUUGAAUAUCUACGCGGCUCCGGCAUUGUUGACACUCGUGCUGCUUAUCGCAGAGACCUUGUUCCUGGUAGUUGCUCUUCCUGAAACCCGAGAUUCCCGGCCUGAGAAGCACAGUAACAACGAUCCUUCAGAAUUUCUUGUCGACAAGAAAUCGACGACUGCCUCCGUGGCGCGGAGCGUGCAAGAAAGGACAGAACUUUUGCGGGUCUUGCGAAAGUUGCACUUCCUUUUCUUAGGAGUCUUCUCAGGCGUGGAAUUCACACUCACGUUCCUUACCUUCGAUCUGUUUGAUUGGAAUAACAAACAAAAUGGAGCAUUGAUUGGCUCCAUUGGCGUAAUCAGUGCUCUUUUACAGGGAGGAUACGUCCGUCGUUCUAUCUCUAAAGUAGGAGAAGGGAAAAUGGCACAACGAGGGGUCAUGAGCUGUGGGCUGGGCCUUGUGCUGCUAGCCAUACUCCCUCACUUCGUAUCCACCCAACCAAAAAUCGCUGUGGGACUGCUGCAAGCUGCAGCAGUCUGCCUGGCCUUCACUUCCGCGACCGUCGUAAGCUCGCUUACCUCAUACGCCUCCCUCCAAUGCCACGAGGGUUUCGACAAGGAUACAGGCAAACCCGCGAUCGCACACCCUGAGCUGGCCAAGGGCAAGGCGCUAGGUGAAUUUCGCUCAUCUGGUCAGCUCGGUCGCGCAAUAGGCCCGUUGCUUGCAUGUGCUUCAUAUUGGACGUUCGGGCCGUCCGUUACUUACGUUGUGAGCGCAAUAGCAAUGCUGACUUUGUCAGCGUCAAUGAAACCCGUCGCCGUUUUACCGAGAAGAUCAUCAUGAUGAGUAAAUACUUACUUAGACUUUGUCGUAGAUCCAAAAUUGGAUUUCAUCUUCACACCCGGACCACAUCUGAAUUUGAUAAGUACUGCCAAUUGAUAUCAAUAUCAUCUCUAGGAACACUAUGAAUAGAACUUGAUGGAGGCUGUGAAUAGUAGAGCAACUCCAUUGCCAAUGUAUAC